UGACAAAUAGUAGCAGCUGUUUCAGUAAAAAAUUCUAAGGGUUAACAUAAUGUGAUGUAAACUAUUUCAUCUGUUCUUCCUACUUGCCCAUUUUAAUCAGAAAUGAGUAAGUAGAGCCUUCUAUGCAGUGAACUUGAAGAAUGCUAAUGGGAUGUCUGCAUCGCGUUGUACUCGGAGUACUUAUGCCAGAAUAGGAAAGCCUUUUAUUCUGUAACUCUCAGAGGCAAGAAAGAGGCUUUCUGAAGAGUUACUUUAAAUUUAAACUCUCAUUCUAAUGUUAGACAGCCUGUUGGAUCUCUGAGUUAAAAAUUGCUUCAGCUUUAGUUACUAGAGCCAGAUGUAACAUUGACCUUAAAUGGUAAAAGCUCCCAAGAGUGAAAGAGAGGCUGGCCUGAAGGGAAAAAGAGGAAUAACUGAAGUUUUAGGAAGUUCCUGCCUGCAGCAUUCCAACCAUCAGCCUGCUGAAUUUUCACUAUCCUUUCUUCACCUGUGCUACAGGGCACUAUACAGACCAUGACGGUUCCAGACCUUAAGUUCCUCUCAUAGAGCAUUUGAGGUCAACUGCCAAGCUAUCAGUGGAGAUGGAGUAAAGCACCUUUAUCUAAGCCUUCGCUAACACGGUACUCAGCCGUGACUCAGAGAGGGUGCAAAAGGCUCGUGCAGACUAUGACUGUAGAUCUUCGUCCACAUCCACUCUUCUUGUGACAUGCACCACCAAGGAGUUGAAUGAUUUAUUUAUGAGGACUGUUCCUUAACUAUCCGCCUGCGGAUCACAAGGCCUCUCAGUGCUUAUGCCCUCGGGCUAACUUGAAACAGAUAUUCUCAGCAGUGCAUGGUCCUGUUAGUCCACAUUGCAGUUCCACGUGCUUCACACUGUCCACCAUGCCAACCUUACCUGAAGACAAGGGACAAUCAAAAGAGGCACAACACAACAGUUCUCCUCCAGCCAAAGACACUACUGUUGAAGGGACAACAUGCAGUACACCUUCUAUUGUUCUUCCAGAGAAUGCUGUUCCGCCAGAUGUAGAAAUUGAUAAAAAUCUGGUUAACAGGUCUCGUAGUCCUCAUAGGAGACAUUGUAACCGUGCCACUAGGAAUCCAACAAGUUCAUUGACUUCUGUUGACAACAGUGGUCAUGUGAUUGAUCUGGUAAAUGAUCAGCUACCAUAUGUCAAAAUAUCAGAGGAAGACAAAAAGAAGAACCUUGAAUUACUAGAAGAAGCAAAGAAAGUGAGCGAGAGGUUUCUGAUGCGCAGAGGCAGAAAGUCAAGAAGCAGCCUUCCGGAGUCACCCACAGCAGUUUCCCCUACAGUUAGUCCUAAAGUUUCACCAGUAGCAUCUCGGAGCAACUCUCUCACUCUUCCAGUUCCAUCAGGGUCUGAUGCAUGCACAACCGCUAGUGUCGAGUCAGGAUCUCCAGGGCAGAAUAACAGAACUGUGAAAGAGGAUGACAGGCAAACUGCAGAGAAUGCUGCAAGAGGAUUAAUUGAUCGAAGGCAGAAUGAUCAAAGAAAGAUUUCUCAGGGAAGGUUUGUUCCUCGUUCUGCUGGUUUUGAAAACUCCAAAGAGAAGCUCUCAGAACAAAAAGAAAACUUUGAUCCACGUAAACAUAUGGAUACUUUACCUAAAUACUCCCCUUCAGGUGGUGAUGGUGGCAGAAUGUCUCUUAACACUUGCGUGAAUGUUUGUGAAAAUGAACUUGGAAAAUCAUUCCUCAAGAAAGCAAAAGAAAAUGAUGUUCCUUUAAGAACCCAUCUACCAGGACCAGGAAUAGGAAAUAUAGACUCAAAGCUAAAAAUUCCUGUUCCAGAAAUGAGGGACCAUAAAGUUUCAUGUAAACCAGAAUUUAAACUGUGUGGACUGCGUCCUCCUCUACUACGGGCUGUAUCAUGGGAUAGCUUGGAGCCUGGACAGAAGGAUGAAACACCUUUAAAAUUACCGUCUGAGGAAGAUAAAAGCUUUGUUGUUGGUAAUAAAUCCAGCAAUCAAUUAAAAGCAUUCAAAGACCUUCAAAUCCAAGUUCAACCGGUUCGAAUGCAGAAAUUGACAAAGCUCAGAGAGGAGCAUAUUUUGAUGAGAAAUCAAAAUUUAGUUGGACUUAAACUUCCUGAACUUAGUGAAGCAGCUGAACAGGAAAAAGGCCCUUCACCUCUCCCCUCCCCCACUGAAGAUGAAGAGACAAAGAAUAGCUCUGAUGUCAUGCCCAGCAUUCCUGAUGUAUUGCUGCGAAAACUACGAGUGCACAAAUCGCUUCCAGGAAGCUCCCCUCCACUUACUGAAAAAGAAGUUGAGAAUGUAUUUGUACAACUUUCCUUGGCCUUUAGAAAUGAUAGUUAUACCUUGGAAUCUAGAAUUAACCAAGCAGAGAGAGAGAGAAAUCUUACUGAAGAGAAUGCCGAGAAGGAACUGGAAAACUUUAAAGCAGCCAUUACGUCUUCAGCUCACUUAUGGCAUCACUAUGAACACAGAGAAGCUUACCAGAAGCUAUUGGAGGAUAUUGCUGUUCUGCGGCGUUUAGCUGCUAGACUAUCUAGUCGUGCUGAGAUGGUUGGAGCUAUUCGCCAGGAGAAGCGUAUGUCAAAGGCAACAGAAGUAAUGAUGCAGUAUGUGGAAAAUCUGAAAAGAACGUAUGAAAAGGAUCAUGCUGAACUAAUGGAGUUCAAGAAACUUGCCAAUCAGAAUUCUAGCAGAAGCUACAGUUCAUCUGAAGAUGGAGUACCUCGUUCAUCUAGAUCCAUGUCUCUUACUGUUGGAAAGAAUAUGCCUCGGAGGAGAGUCAGUGUGGCUGUUGUUCCUAAAUUUAACUCCUUAAAUGUUCCUGGUCAGUCACCAACAGCUUCACCUAUACCUUCAAUGCCAUCCCUGUCUGAAUCACCUAGUAAUGGAAGGAGCAAUCUAACAUCUACUCCUGUUCUGCCAGCACUUUUAGAAAAUGGUAAGACUAAUGGAGAGCCUGACUGUGAAACCUCUACUUCUGUGCUGACACAGAGUGGGUUGGAAGAAAUCAAUCCUGAAACUAAAGCCAAGAUAGAAGAGGAAGCAUAUAACAAAGGCUAUCAGGAAGGCUUGAAGAAAACCAAAGAACUUCAAGAACUGAAGGAAGAAGAUGAAGAGACACCAAAAGAAAGUCAUGAUGAACACGAAGAAAGUGAAAAUGAAGAUGAGAUAAAAAACCUGAAAAGCAGCAGACUUGAAGUCAUCAUUAAUUAUUUACAUAUACUGUACCCCAAACUGUGUAAACACUGGAACGUGGUAUGGCUUGUAGUGGCUGCGAUAAUCAUUUUUGCUGUGGUGUUGGGAAUCUACCAUUCAUACAACUCCUGUGAUGAAAAAUCAGAGGGACCUGAAGGGAAGGCCAGCUGUUCUGCUGCCCAUCAAUAUUCCUGGUGGAACUCAGGAUUUCAACACGAGCAACACACUGAAUAAUAAAGGAACAACCAUGUAUUUAUGGUACCUGAGCAAGUACACAUAUUAGAACACAGUUGUUAAAGGUAGUGCUUAGUCAUCCUUACGGUUGUUAAAUGUGAUCUGUUAGACAAGUGAGUUACUCCACACCAUCAGGUUGUGAACAUACCUUGCCAAAAUGGCAAUCUGAUAAAUAAUCCUGUCUGUCCUUUUAUUGUAAAUGACAGAUACAAAUAAAAGUAUAUUGAAUCGGGAUAAGGUUGUGGCAGUAACCAGCAACCAGCAAGACAUUUAAAAGAAUGAUUUGCACAGGACAUUUGACAUCUCUGCUAUGAUUUUGAAGAAAAUUGUAAAACCUGCAUUUGCAGUUAGUGCUUUACUUUGCAUUUCCUGAAUUUCUUGGUGAUUGUUAAGUACUAAUGGCAUUUAAGUCCUUUGGGUUUUAAGAGUCUAAUUCAUUUCCUUAUUCAUGAUUAUUGGAUAGAAAUAGAAGCUCUUCUAUGGAAAGUUAGAAUUAUAUUAUCAGACCAAAUGCCUUGCUGAUAAAGUAAUUUUAUAAGAGGAAUUAUCUGUAUGAUUAUUUAAAUGGAAUACUAAGUACAUGCAUAAAUGUGGUUUACGGUAUACUUUAAGAAUGGGACCACCACUUUUUUUUUAAAUAUUAUACACAACAAAACCUAAAAUGAGGUCUAGGUGGCACAGUUGGUAUCGUCAAAUAAAUCUGGGAACUUCUGAUACAUCAAAGGGACAUGCUUUGCAACAGAUUUGUGUAUGCCAUUCAGAGUCACUACAGGUUACAGAAAAAAGUAGUUGAUGUCUGGAAGAUUAGAUGUGUUGCCCAAGCCCAAAAUACAGCAGUCUUGGAUGUGGGAAGCAAUCUUCAAUUCUUUAUUAAAAAAAAAAAAAAAAAAAAAAAAGUCUUCAAACCUGUGUAUACAGGUGAUCACACUAAGUGGACUCUGCCCUACUGCUAAUACUGGAAAUAGAUAUCCUUUGAGAUCUGCACUAGGAACACAGUUCUGCAUACAGCCAAAACCCUACUAGUGCCUCGCUGAAUCAGGACAUGAAAGCAGUGAGGACUUUGAAGAGGUCACUGCAUGUUUUUAGUAGUUCAUUUUCAGAAUCUGAUGCCAAGUAUAUAACUGUUCCAAUAUGCUUUCAAAGCUAAACUAUCAGGUCAUGAUAAUCCUUUGCCCAGAUUUUUUAACAGUUCUUCCUAUUUAGGAGUUGUGAGUUCUUACGCAAGAAUGUGAAAGCCUGAAAUUUUUAGACAAGCAAUUUCAAAAUGGUGAAGCCAUUAUCUGUAAAAACCACACCACCUAAGGCUGAGACCAAAAUGCAUGUCACUUAAGGUAUACCAUAUGUACCUGCUGAACAUCACUUCUGAUUGAAGAUGAACUGUUUGUCUUUCCAUAGCUAUGUGCUUGAAUCUAACCACAAUAUCAAAAUCAGUGUGACACGUGAUUGCACUCAUGUCUUGCAUUCUUCUGGCGUUUACUGACUGAUUAACAGGUCUGUUUACCAACUGAAGGACAAGUAUGUUAUGAAGUACUGUAAUUUCAGUUCAGAUGCAGUUAGUAGUUGUUUUCUUUUGGUGUAAACACUGAACCUCAAGCUAACUAUCAAAGAAAACAAAUUUCUAACUCAGUCAGAAAUUUAAUUCACAUAUCUGGCACUAUUAACAUCCUGCUGGUGAAUUUUGUUUGUUACAUCUUUAGCCACACGUUUCUUAAGAGACAUUUAUAUGG